CUCCCCCUGCGCAACCGCAAUCGCAGCGUGACCGACUUCCACAUCCUCUGCGACGAGCCGCACCGGAAAUACAGCGCCGGCGACCAUGUCCACGGCACCGUCUUUCUCGUGGUCGUCAAGCCGGUGCGCAUCACGCACCUCGUCGUCACCCUGCACGGCUUCGUGCGCGUGCUCAAGGAUCCCGCAGGCGCCGCCAAGGUCCGCAACACCACCACGCUGCCGCAAGGGGGCAGCUCGUCGCGCCCGCAGUAUCACGGCAAUGGCUUCGCAAGCCUCUUCCAGGACGAGCAGGUGCUGAGCGGCGAGGGCAGGCUUGAUCCCGGCAGAUAUGAGUUCGGCUUCGACUUGGUGUUCCCCGACAAGGGCCUGCCCAGUAGCAUUGACUUCGAGCGCGGAACGAUAUCGUACAUGGUCACGGCAACCCUCACGCGGCCGGUGUCUAUGGCGGCGACGAUGACGUGCGAGAGAAAGGUCAUGCUGGCUGAGAGGAUAGACGUCGGUCUCUUGCCUCCGCCACCACCGAGGACCAUCUUCUUGGAACCUAUAUCCAAGAGGACAAAGAGGAAGAAGUCGUCAAUGGCGUUGGACAAAAGCUCUCUUGCUACGCCAGAGCCCGUCGAUGUCACUGCCCCCGAGCCCGAGACAAGGGAGUCGUUUCCGACCCCAACCGCUACGGAGGAUGCCUCUGCUCGUGCGAACUCUGCUGGCGAACACCAAAGCGAACGAAGAGGGGCAGCAGCGCUGAGCGACGUGCAGAGCGAGAUCAGCGGCGAGAGCGGACGCAGCAUCAGCACCGCCAUGAGUCGAAGCGACACGGCCCAGUUAACACAGGUGGGCACCACGGGCCUCACGACAGCGCAGCAGGCCGUCAACGACAAGACCAUCACCGCCAGCAUUGAGCUUCUCAGGGGCGGCUGCCUGCCAGGCGACGCCGUGUCGGUGCGCGUUACGGUGCAGCACAUCAAGCAGGUCAAGAGCAUGACUGGUGUCAUCGUGACGCUUUUCCGCCAGGGCAAGAUUGACUCCUCGCCGCCGUCGCAGCUGUUCAAGGACAUGCUUACCAGGGAGGAUGCUCGCCGAUUGCAGAGGGAAGACAUCUACCCUAGGUCGCGCACGGGGUUGGGUGGCCUGUCCCUCUCGUCCGCCGGCUCCAUCAGCGUGUUCCGCAAGGACCUCGAUCAGACAACGGCGCCGCUCAUCAUCGACCCGAACACCAUGCAGGCGUCGGUCACGGUGCCGGUCAAGCUUCCCGACGACUCGUUUCCGACCAUCAAGGGGGUUCCUGGAGAUAUGAUCUCCUUCAAGUACCAGGUGGAAGUCAUUGUCGACUUGGGCGGGAGACUGUCCGGUCACUUCCCAUCACGGAAGACUUCAAGAUUCGGCGGCACAUUUAGCAGCAGCGCUACAGACCAGAGCAUCAGCAUGUUCUCCCAGAGGAGAGGGGCCCAGAUAGACAUCAUGGACACGGCUCCUCUGAGAAGGCAAAAGGGCAUUGUUUGCGUCACAAUCGAGUCCAUUGUCGGCACAGUGGACACCUCAGGGGCCCGGAGGCUCGUCAAGCUAUCCUCAUCAUCAAAGACUCUCGACAACGGCGAGAGCGACGACGACAUGGGUUUUCUCCCAACCCCCACCCGCUACGAAGACAUCGACCGUCACAAUCCUCACCCCCAUGGCCCGCCACCACAGCAAUACUUUCCUCCGCAUACAAAUCGUCGACGACCAUCCUACUCCCCUCCUCGUCCUUCUCACCCGAGCUAUAUACAACCGAAUCACCACGGCCUUGCGCCAUCAUACACACCACCUCCUCCUCAGCUACUCGACCAGAGCAAUCUCUCCGAGAAAGAUCGCAUACGGCAAGCAGAACAAAGGCUGCUACCCAGCCGGCCGCCCGCCGGGCCAUCCUCACCCGACGACGACGACAUUUACGAUGCCCAAGCCACACCUCGACCGCACUAUGCGGGCAACUCAGGGGAAGAAGACAACCCCGGCCCAUCGGCUCCAACAGAAGAAGAGCUCACAGCCGCCAUCAGCCCGCUGGUAGACGCCAGGGAGGAUAAACAGGAACUCGAACGCAGGCGGCUGAUGCAGGAAGCCAGCGCGCCGCCCGAAUUUCCCGAGGACAUGGAGCGAAGUGGCGGCCCCGGUCGGGCUCCUCGGGAAGAGGACAUGGCGGCCGAUGCCGAACCGACUGCGCCCACGCUGGAUGAAGAAGACGAGGACCAUUCUCCGGGAUAUCGAGCCGAUGCAGCACCAUCCGGCAGUGCGCACACAAAUGGGAGACGCCAUCAUGAUGACGGGGAGCAAUUGCCGGCGUAUCAGCGAUGA